ACCUUGUCUUUCUUUAUUCUACCCAUCUUGACCAUCGAUUUCCGAUUACAGUCUAUGAAAACUGAUAGUUACCACAUUUUUCUAUUGACAGAGUCUCAUCACUCACGGGUUAAUUGUAGUUUCGUGCCAAUUCUUCAACUUUUAUAAUGAAACGUUACGCAUCCGGAUUUGAAUAAAAUAUACUUAUUUCGUUCUCGAACAAGUUGAAUGGGAGGAAUUAAACCAUACGCAACUAUAAAAAGGAUAAAACAACAUUGGAUUAAUAAUUGCGCGAUUGUUCACCGUAUAAAAUACAUUUCAAAUACAUUAAAAUGAUUAAACUGUGCUUUUCUUUAAUUUUGUGUUUACUUUUUCCAAAUAUUCAAGCAAUGUCAGAAGAAAUGGAAGAAUUAGCCAAACAAUUACAUAAUGAUUGUGUGGAACAAAUAGGUGAUGCAGCAGUGGAAGCAUUUAUUACUACUGUUCAAAAAAAAGAGGGUUUCCCGGAUGAGAAUCUACUAAAAUGCUACAUAAAAUGUGUAAUGGAUGAAAUGGCCAUCGUUGAUGAUGAUGGUGUUAUUGAUGUAGAAGCGGCUAUAGCGCUUUUGCCUGAGGAAAUGGCCGACGAUGCGGCUCCGAUUAUGAGAAAAUGUGGUGUUAUAAAGGGAUCAAGUCCUUGCGAUACUGUUUAUCAAACACACAAAUGUUAUUACGAUACGAAUAAAGAGGUUUACUUUUUAGUAUAACUCAAAUCAAACCAAAAAACAAUAUCGUUUUUAAAUAAAAAUAUACAUCAGUAAUAUUAUAAUUAAUUGAGAAAACGUUAUUUAAUAGCUGAAUAAACUAGAUUCUAUGCAAUUUCAAAA